GUUCCCCCGACUGUCCGUCAACUAAUAAACCGAUCGUGUCUAAUCCAGUCGCUCCUCAGUUGUAGUAGUUUGUUUAAUUGACUAGUUUGUUGUCAUGCUAGACAUGUUUGCCGCGGACUGUCUGUACUCUGUGCCUCCUCCUCAGAACAGGUUCUCCGUUACUUCUCUGCUGCAACUGGACAACAAUGUUGAGAAAAGUGAUGAGGAGGAGUACGCGGGGGAGAGCGACGACAGCAAGCGGAAGGGUAAACCUCGGAGGAACCGCACCACCUUCAGCAGCGGUCAGCUGCGCGCUCUGGAGAAGGUGUUUGAGAGAACUCACUACCCAGACGCCUUCGUGAGGGAAGAGCUGGCGAGGAGAGUGGGCCUCAGCGAGGCUAGAGUACAGGUGUGGUUCCAGAACAGAAGAGCCAAGUUCAGACGCAAUGAGAGAACCUUGGCUUCACAGAGACAGCCUACUAGAGUCUCUGACAGUCAGACUGCGGAGGCUAGACUGGUGGCUCGGCCUUCUACCUCUCCAGCGGCCACUGGCUUGCCUAACCACACCAUGGAUUACUACGGCUCUUGGAAAGCUUCAACGCAGUUUCAAGUCAUCCCGAGUCCGUCCCAACACUCCCCCGCCUGCACUUUCCUGCCUUCUGGUUUGCCAACCUCAGCGUACAGUCAGCUGCCGAUCCACAGUUCUUGCAGUCUCCAACAGUAUUGCCAACCUUCGUUUCCGAGCUCAUGAAUAUUCUCUACACCCAACGCACCUCUAACAUUGUACUCUUGAUUUCUAUUAAUAUUAUUAAUGAAGAUACUGUACAAACAUAUCGGUAUUUAAAACAUUUUAUUAAAUACACUUGUGCUUUAGUUUAAAGUUAGUGCUGUAAAUACUGUGAACUACGUUAGGUGAUAAAGUGUUACUUAGUAUUAACAAAUUAUUUAUUUUUCU